UGCAGCGGGUUGCAGGGCGGCGCAGAGUCCGGAGGCCGGCGCGCGGAGCGGUCCGUAUCCCCGAUCUCUGCGGCCCAGCCCGCCACCGAGGCGCGCAGGCGGGCGCGCGGAGUGGCCGCUCAGGAGGAUCUCUAUACACCCCCAGAAACUACUCAAUGCUGAAGCCUUUCCACGUGGUAUCAGACACUUUGGAAGCACCAUGGAUGGGUUUUGUGAUCAGCAAGUCCCUUUUAUGGUCCCAGGGAAAUCUCGGUCAGAGGAAUGCCGAGGUCGGCCUGUGAUUGACAGAAAGAGGAAGUUUUUGGACACGGAUCUGGCUCACGAUUCUGAAGAGUUGUUUCAGGAUCUUAGUCAACUUCAAGAGGCGUGGUUAGCUGAAGGCAAGUUUCUUAACUGUGCUGUUCUCCCUGUAAAGCAUUCUCUUGUGCCUUUCAGUAAAACCCAAAGAUCUAAAACAGGAAUCUCUUUUCCAGCUCAAGUUCCUGAUGAUGAACAAUUUGUCCCAGAUUUCCAGUCUGAUAACUGGUCUCUCACUGAGGAAGCUGGACCUCAUCAGCAGGCUAGAGCUGGGAUUACAGUGGUGCUUCAUGCUCCACCUCCCACCAAGAUCAAACGGGAGCUGCAUAGCCCCUCCUCUGAGUUGUCAUCCUGUAGCCAUGAACAGGCUCUUGGUGCUAACUAUGGAGAAAAGUGCCUCUACAACUAUUGUGCCUACGAUAGGAAGCCUCCCUCUGGGUUCAAGCCAUUAACCCCUCCCACCACUCCUUUGUCACCCACCCAUCAGAAUCCCCUGUUUCCCCCACCUCAGGCAACUCUGCCCACCUCAGCUCUUGCCCCUGGAGCUGGCCCAGUUCAAGGGGUGGGUCCUGCCCCCACCCCUCACUCACUUCCAGAACCUGGAUCACAGCAACAAACAUUUGCGGUCCCCCGGCCACCACAUCAGCCCCUGCAAAUGCCAAAGAUGAUGCCUGAAAGCCAGUAUCCGUCAGAACAGAGAUUUCAACGACAGCUGUCGGAACCCUGCCACCCCUUCCCUCCUCAGUCAGGAGUCCCUGGAGAUAAUCGCCCCAGCUACCACCGUCAGAUGUCAGAGCCUAUUGUCCCCGCAGCUCCCACACCCCUUCAGGGAUUCAAGCAGGAAUACCACGACCCACUCUAUGAACAUGGGGUCCCAGGGAUGCCUGGUCCCCCAGCACAUGGGUUCCAGUCACCAAUGGGAAUUAAGCAGGAGCCCCGAGACUACUGCGCCGAUUCAGAAGUGCCUAACUGCCAGUCAUCCUACAUGAGAGGAGGGUAUUUCUCCAGCAACCACGAAGGAUUCACAUACGAAAAGGAUCCCAGGCUAUACUUUGAUGACACAUGUGUGGUACCUGAAAGACUGGAAGGCAAGGUCAAGCAGGAGCCCACCCUGUAUCGAGAGGGGCCCCCUUAUCAGCGGCGAGGCUCUCUUCAGCUGUGGCAGUUCCUUGUCACCCUCCUCGAUGACCCAGCGAAUGCCCACUUCAUUGCCUGGACUGGCCGAGGCAUGGAAUUUAAGCUGAUAGAACCAGAGGAGGUGGCUCGGCGUUGGGGUAUCCAGAAGAAUCGGCCAGCCAUGAACUAUGACAAGCUGAGUCGCUCCCUGCGCUAUUACUAUGAAAAGGGCAUCAUGCAGAAGGUGGCUGGGGAACGGUACGUCUACAAAUUUGUCUGUGACCCCGAUGCGCUUUUCUCCAUGGCCUUCCCAGACAAUCAGCGCCCAUUCCUGAAGGCAGAGUCUGAAUGCACCCUCAACGAGGAGGACACCCUACCACUGACUCACUUUGAAGAUAACCCUGCUUACCUCCUGGAUAUGGAUCACUGCAGCAGCCUCCCCUAUGCUGAAGGCUUCGCUUACUAAGUUUCUGAAUGGCUGAGUGGCCACACCCUAGAGCUAGCAGUCCCCAUUCAGGCAAAUGAGGGCAGUGGUUUUGUUUGUGUUCUUGGCUGUUCCUAAAGCUUGCCCUCGAGUAUUAUCUGGAGAACCCAAGCCAUCUCUGGAUUGACACCCUUAAAGACAAAUACCUUGGCUAGAGAGUGGGAACAGGGAGAGAGAGAGACAGGAAAACCACAAAGCAGCUGGUGAUUCUGAUGAGAUUCCUUGGAAGAGUUGAAAGUGGAGCCUCCUUGCCAGCAUGGACAGUAUGUGCAGAGCAGUACCUUGUUCAGGUUAGCACCCAUGCAAGGGGACGGAGUGUAUGACAAUCUGCAUUGAUCAUGGACUACUAAAUGCCUUUAGAAGGGCUUUGACUUGCACAAUUCUUUCGAAAGAAAUCCCACACCCAUAGAAAAGUCGAAAGGCUAGGUUGGGGAGGCUCAGAUCACUAAGGCUUGGAAUUUGCAAAACUCAUGUAGCUCAGUUUGAUAUGUUUCCCCUAAAUCCAGAACUGGGGAGACCAGGACAGCUUUUACCCACUCCGAGGUUCUCUGACCACUGCUUCUCUUGAGCCUUCCGGCCAGAGUGGUCACCAAGUAGAUCAAGCCCCUCCCCUCCCAGUCACAUGGCUGAGUGCGGAUAGCUUUCAUUUUAGAAGAAAGGCAAUUAAUACUUGACAGUAUUUUGUUUUGCUUUGAUUGGGGGGGGGGAGAUCAUUUUGUUUUGGUGGUUGUUUUGGAAAACAGUUUAUAUAAACUGAUUUUUGUAGUUUUGGUAUUUAAAGAAAAAAAAAACAAAAACAAACUUUUUGGUAACUGCACUAUGUCCCUUCGGCAGGGCCAUGCCCACUUACGAAGACGUUGCAGCUUGUAGGGGCUUUGCUAGGGCUUCCUGAACUUCACCAUGUAGAAGCCUGCUUGGUGCUUUGCGCACCAGACAACCUGUUGAAAUACUUACAUCUGAUUUGUACAUUUUUGAAGUGUGCAGGGCAGCCUGGACACAGCGUAGAUUCCAUGUGUAUAGUUCUCCUUGCUCACUAACGCCCUUUCUGGGAAGCAGAUGUACAUACUACACUUCAUUUCCAUUUAACAGCUGGUUGCCUGGUGGGAACCCUAUAGGCAUCAGUCUCUGUUUCCCCUUUUUCCAUUUUGGACCUUCAACCCUGCAUAAUGGUUCCCUGGGGUCUGAAACUUACCUGUCACUGGUGGGUAAAAAUAGUACUAGCUGGCAUUGUGGCUUCCUGCUACCCUAUUUUUGUUUUAAUUUCUGAUUGCUGUAUUAUAUUGGGAAUGUUUUAAAACAACCAAACUAAAGCUGUGUGAAACUUGGGUUUGGAGUGGAGAAGUCACCAAGGAGUGCCGGUACCUUGUUGUCUGCUGCCCCGGGACAGGAGUGUGCUGUCCUUGACACUCCACACCCAUUACGAGUGUUCCUCCAUGCAGGACACAGAGCUGACAAAGUGUGGGACCUGCUUUCCUAUCCUACAGUGAGGCACUCCGUCGCGCUCUCAUGACCCACAGCACCUUUGUGAAGAGGUUCACCGGGAUAACGGGUGCAUUUUAUACCUAUGGGAAACUAAGGUUUUCCUCCUGAAAGCUAGUCAGCCCAUAGAGGUGUCAAGCCUGAAGCUUGGGCCUUAAUUAGCAUUGUACUCUACUGAAAGAGCUCUUUCUGAGGCAUAUUUAUAGCUUUCUAAUCUACACAUAGUCUAUACAUAGAUGCGAAUUUUACCCAGCUGGCUAGAGAUUUAUUUGUUGUAAAUGCUGUAUAGAUUGGUUUUCUUUGUUUGUUUGUUUUCCCUUCCUCUCUUAUACUGGUUUGGGGUUUUUUUUUUUUUGUUGUUGUUGUUGUUGUUGUUUUGUUUUUUUAAUGAACUUAAGCUGUUUUAUUGGGUAUGAAAAGAAUCUAAUGUAGCCUGAGCUGCCCCUCCCCUGCUGUGACUGCACAACCUGUGCUGUCAAGGGACACAGGACAGCAGCGUCACUUUGCAUUCCCAUUGGACUCAUGUACCUCCCAUGUAGCUGUUUCCUUCAGGGUGUGGGGCUUGUUUCAUUCAUUUGCUUCUUUCCCAGAGUUUGGAAGGUCUACAGUGCAGAAACCCUUUCCCCUGCGCAGGGCUGUGUACAUCCUGCCAAGCUGCGUUAUAUUCUGUACUGUGUACAAUAAAGAAGUUUGCUUUCCUUUA